GCAUUUCCUUCUUCUACUUCUUCGUCGUUCUUUUUGUCUCACAACUUCUCCAUCACUCUAAACUUUCUUACAGUUUCCUGCUUCUACCAUGACUCGAAUGACUGAAAGCUUCGGCUUGGACUUGUCGUCUCGCAGAUGUGUGUUGGUAAACGGGCCGAUCAUAAUAGGGUCGGGUCCGUCGGGUCUGGCCACCGCUGCCUGCCUUAAGGAACAGGGCGUGCCUUUCGUGAUCCUGGAGCGCGCAGACUGCAUUGCCUCGCUAUGGCAACGCCGCACCUACGACCGCUUAAAGCUUCAUCUCCCCAAGCAAUUCUGCCAACUUCCUCGCCUUCCUUUCCCGGCUGACUACCCCGAGUACCCAACCCGAAGGCAGUUCAUUGAAUACUUGGAGUCCUACGCCAAGUAUUUCGAUAUCUCCCCACGCUUCAACCAGACCGUCCUGUCCGCGCGCUUCGACGAGACCUGCGGGCUGUGGCGGGUAAGAGCUGUAGACGCUGGCGGUGACCGGACCGCCGAGAUUGAGUACAUUGGGCGGUGGCUCGUGGCCGCCACCGGCGAGAACGCUGAGAAAGUGGUUCCGGACUUCCAAGGCCUUGCUGAGUUCGGCGGCAGUAUAUCUCAUGUCUGUGACUACAAGUCCGGCCGGGAGUACGCCGGCAAGCGUGUGCUUGUUGUCGGCUGUGGCAAUUCCGGCAUGGAGGUCUCCCUCGAUCUCUGCCAACACAAUGCGUUCCCUUCAAUGGUAGUCCGCAACUCGGUCCAUGUUUUACCAAGGGAGGUUUGUGGGAAGUCGACGUUCGAGUUGGCGGUUUUGCUGAUGAAGUGGCUGCCGCUGUGGCUUGCAGACCGGAUUAUACUCAUAUUAUCAUGGCUGGUGCUUGGGAACAUAGAGAAGUAUGGCUUGCGGAAGCCUUGUAAUGGUCCCUUGGAGCUCAAGAAUACCACUGGAAGGACCCCUGUUUUGGAUGCUGGUGCGCUUGAGAAGAUUAAAAGUGGUGAAAUAACCAUUGUUCCUGGCGUGAAGAGGUUCUUGCAUGGUAAAGUUGAGCUUGUUGAUGGCCGAAUCAUAGAAAUCGACUCCGCUAUCUUGGCUACUGGAUACCGCAGCAACGUUCCGUCAUGGCUGCAGGGAAGUGACUUCUUCUCCAAGGAUGGGAUACCAAAGCAGCCAUUUCCCAAUAGCUGGAAGGGAAAAUCUGGGCUCUACGCCGUUGGUUUCACAAAGAAAGGGCUCUCAGGUGCUUCAUUUGAUGCUGCUAGGAUUGCGAAGGAUAUAGGAAAGCUCUGGAAGGAGGAAACAAGACAGCAGAAAAGGCUGGGAGCCUGCCACAGAAGAUGCAUCUCGCAGUUUUAAUGGCUUCUGCUCUCC